AUGCACUUCACGGCCGGCCUCCUUGGCUCUGUUGAUGAAACUGCUGUGCUGGUAGAGGAAGUCAGACGGAGGGGGGUCCUGUGCCAGCAGCAGGUCCUCGUCGCCUGCUCUAGUGCUCACAAGCUCGAAGAAUCCGCUGCUGCUCACCGGUCUGCGCAGGGUCACGGCGAGGGUGAGCUUGGACUUCGGAGGCACCACGCCGCAUGUUGGCCCCUCCAAGUCCCGGAUCGGAUGACCCUUGCUCAGGAGCCUGAAGGCGACGCGGUCAUUGGUGUUGUUAGUUAG